CAUCAUCACUGGCCAACCUGCUCAGUGGUGGUGGUGGAUGAUGGGAGUAGGAGUUGAGAACCUCCUGAAUUCUGGAGGGACAUAAUCCUGAGGUAAAAAUCACACAUUAAAAAAGAGCAGUUAUUCUUUGAGGUGCCUCAAUGUUUUCGUUUUCUUUUAUUAUUUUUUUCAUUUUCUUUGCUUUUUGCCUCAUUUGGUAUUUGACAUCUGAGCUUCAGAGCAAUGGAUGAGGGCCAGUAAAUACAUCAAUGCUGUUUCAUAAGCUUGUAUCCUGUGGAGGCAACCAAAUCCUUUCCAACAGCAUCUGCUUCUUCUCUGGUCUGCCUCCACAUCCAUUUUGUUACUUGUGUUUGCAUUUCAGAGAGAAUCCGCCCCCACCCCACCUCCCGGUUAUUCCCUCCGCUAUAUGGUCGGGUAUGUGGGGAUUGCAAGGGUAGGGGGACAUGACAGUUCCCUGACUGAGAUCAUUUUGUCAUCUGCCCAACUUGGAAAUGAUCUUUGCCCUUCUCAUUCUGAGGGUGGAUUAAAUAACCUCGCCAGCAUUGAACUGCAGGCACUCCUCUUGACUUAAGUUGUUAAGUGAGCUGGUUGACAAGCGAGGGGGACUCAUAUUGUAUUAGGCGGUCAUGUGCCAUUGAGAAGGGGCAUGGCAAAGUCAAAGCCACAGAUUUAUGAGGGCCAUAAAGGGUCAUAAAUCCAACUGGUCGUUAAACAGUUUGUUAAAUGAGACAUGCCUGUGUUCUCUGAACGGUGUGUCUGUGAGUGUGUCCAAUAUCUUUGGCUAGUGAGUGCCCUCCCUGGGCUCCUCCUUUUGAGGAGAGACCCUGCUGAGAUCAAACUCCAUCCCCACAGAAUAGCUCUUGGUGCAUUUACCACAAAUAGAGAUGGGCAAACUGGGAAAACGGCAGCUCGAGAUGGUUUGUGGUUUGUUGCUAUUCAUGAACCAGGAAUCACACCAACUCUGCUGUACUUUCCAAUGAAAUGACUCAUUUCAUGGUUUGUGCAGUUUGGGACUUCUUCUAUAUCUGCAUUUGCAGACUGGAUUUCUUCAGAGUACUCCAAUGGUCUUGUGGGAGGAGAAUCCCAGAGUAGAGAGCUGAGCACUGAAAAUCAUUUUGAAGGAAUCUUGGAAUUCUUGCUUCAUUUGGAAAUAAUGCAGCACAACUGAAGGCUUUAACGUCUGCAGAGAUUCUCCCUAUCUUGGAUCUAAAGUAGCUGCACAGACAAUUUUAAAACAAGAACUGUGGCAUAUCUGCAAAGCACCGAUUUCUGGAUAAAUAAUCAGGGAAAACCACACCAUUAAGUGGUCUUGAAAAGUCCCUCCCAACCCUACUGAUCUCUUCAUCAGACUGCACUUGGAUCUGUAAUCCUGCAUGUUUGGGGGGGUGGUUGGGGGGGGGGAGGCAGCACACUUUCCUGAAGAAAUCAGGAUUCUUUUGCACAUCUGACAAACAGCAGCAUUUAUUGAGAAACUGAGAGAGAUGGGCUUUGAUGAGAAAAAUGUAAUGGAUAUAAAUGGAACUGAAAAGAAAGAGGAAUAUUUUCCUCUGGAUUCACAUGCAGUGGAGAAUGGGCCAGUUACUGUAAACACCACAGGAAUUAAUGCCAAAACCAAAGCAGGAGUCACUUGGAAUCAUCCUGCAUAUGGAUUUCGGCAGAAGAAAUUUCAGCUACAGCUCACUUUUUCCUUUCUACUUAUUAUCCUGCUGAUCAUAGUCAUCAUUGUGUUAUUGGGGCUGUUGAGUAGAAGCCAGGAAGCAUCACCUUGUUUUACAGUUCUAACGGCCUCCUGUCCUGAUGGCUGGGUUGGAUAUGGAAGGAUAUGUUACUAUUUUGCAGAUGAAGAAAAAGACUGGGAAUCUAGCAAGAACAACUGUUCAGCAUUCAAUGCCUCCUUAGCUGUGGUUGAUUCCCAGGAAGAGAUGGGCUUCUUGGCAAGAUACAAAACUCCUGCUGACCACUGGAUCGGUCUCCAAAGGGAAUCAGAGGGACAGCCCUGGAGAUGGACCAAUGGCACCCCCUUCAAUAACUGGUUUCAGGUUCGUGGAGGAGCAGAAUGUGCUUAUAUUAACCAGGAAGGAUUUGCCAGCUCCAGCUGCAGCAGAAUAGAACGCUGGAUAUGCAGCAGACAAAUAGGAGAAUGACACGAAGCAUCACAUGUGCCUUCCUUUUCAUUCUAGCUGCACCUCCAGAAGCUGAUGUAGCCUCAAUGUUCUCGUCCUGGCAGGUCCCACCAUGGAAGAGAGAAAGUGGGUUAUAUCUAUAGCUGUGUGUGUAUGCCGAGCUAUACAUGGUUAAAAUAGCAUCAUCUCUCUGUUUUAACAUCUCUGUACAUUCUGAAAGUUGGAUGAGCUGAGCUGACUUAAAAAAAA